GAACGGUUGUCAUGCAUGAACCCCGACAACAACGACUACAAGCAAUGUCUGCUAUGUUUACGUUGGCCUCACGGUCGACGAGGCGAGGCAGGUCGCCCACAUGCACAACCUCGCCGCCGGCUACCACCGGGACUACAGCUUCAUCAAGAAGCUCAGGUGUUGGCGACAAGUCUUUGAGUGCAUGGGGUCCGUCAAGUCGGCAGAAGUUAAACUCUUUUGCCUGAAAGAAGCUAUGAUUCCGAACGCGGCGAAGAAAUUGGGAGCCCAAGAUGCGUUGCUGCAGUGUGCUUUCAAGCCCAAAGAAAUUUGGGACCUCAUGUGCAAGAUAAUGAAUAUGUGGCAGAAGGGUGAGGUCAAAGGCCAGAAAUUGAAGCCGGCAACGAAAGACAUCCUGAAAUCGGAUCAGGAUCUGGAAUCGAGCGAGUCGGAGGACGGAAAGAAAAGCCAGCGUGGGAAGAGGCUUGAAAGGGCAGCUGCGAAGGAGCAAGAGAUGGCGCUUUUGCACCCUCGAGUGCAAAUGCAGGGUAGCAAAGUCCCCAUGGUCGUCGACGACAUGCCCGCGCAACAUUGGAUAGCCAUGGGUAGUAUGGCUCAAGAGCACGCCGUGCCUAUCCUCCUUGAGAUGGAGAAGAAGUUCCAGCUUGUCAAGCAAGUCGCGUACGUCUGCAAGGCCUUCGCAGUGGGGGUGGGUUGUGCUGACUUCAAGGAGGCCGAGAAACAGUAUCCUCUCCACACGAAGAAAGACAUAUUGGAGAAGUUCGUCAGUGGCGUUAGGAGGGGUCAGAAGAGUAUCCCCGCACUGGAUGGCCAUCUUAAAAGGGCUUUGGAUUGGAAGAGUAAGGAGAGGAGACUGGAAGCAAAGGAGGCUCUUCACGCGUUCCGAUCGACACCUCUCACGGAGCCCUUCGUCGACUGGACGGAGGUGAAACAUGAGAAUGACGCGGCGAAAGUGAAGAUUAUCAACAACGACAUACGCACGAGGGACAUGCGUCUGAUCAUGAGCUGUUUCCGGAGCCGGACGUUCUGGAGGUUCUUAAGAAUCUGAAGGACGUGUCUAGUGCCCCCUUGU